GCCAAUAGGAGAGGAGACUCCCAGCUCCUCCGCCGUAAAGGACUGCCGCGUUCGGGCCAAUGGGGAAAUUCUGAUUUCGAAGAAAGCGGGACUUGCCGGCGGGGUUUGAGGAAGAGGCUGCGCGGAGGGCUAGGCGGUAGCGAGGCUUGGAGACGACCUCGGUGGAGAGUCACGUGUGCCGCCGGAACUGGAACGGCGAACCUGGAGGAACUGCUUCCGGGUCAUUGUCACCGGCGUCAACAGCGUGCGGGAACCUCUUUGCUCUUCCCUGGAACUUGUGCGCUGCUUGCGGCUGAUGAUGAGUUCCCAGAAAGGCAACGUAGCUCGGUCCAGGCCCCAGAAGCACCAGAAUACGUUCUCCUUCAAAAAUGACAAGUUUGAUAAGAGUGUUCAGACCAAGAAAAUUAAUGCAAAACUUCAUGAUGGAGUAUGUCAGCGCUGCAAAGAAGUUCUUGAAUGGCGUGUAAAAUACAGUAAAUACAAACCAUUGACAAAACCCAAAAAAUGUGUUAAAUGUUUACAAAAGACAGUGAAGGACUCUUACCAUAUAAUGUGUAGGUCAUGUGCCUGUCAACUUGAAGUUUGUGCAAAAUGUGGAAAGAAGGAAGACGUUGUUAUUCCGUUUAAUAAAGAACCAGAAAAAGUAGAAAAUGGUGAAAACAAUCAGAAUUCCAACCCUAGAAGAAGCUGCAAAAUAAAGGAAGACAGUACUGAUGACUCAGAGCUUGGUACUGACCUAGAUGACGGAGAUGACAGUGCCCACGUGGACUGACAGCAAUGGAGGAAUGCAGAAAAGUUGUGAAAAACAGGCAGAAUUGAUCUUGAACAAUUUAAAUUUUAACAUUUUAAUACUGAAACCUUCAGAUUUUCAUGACAAAGUUCUGAGUUGCAUAUACUGGAGUUGCUGCUGAGACACAUCUUGUGGUUUAUUGUAUAACCCAUGGGGACUGCUUAGAAAAACAAGUUACCCAAUGUCGAACUAAGCAACGUUGAGAAUUGGUGAUUGUAUCAGAAAUAUCUCAUGCACAACUAAGAUGCCAUUAUUUCACAGGGAACCCCUCAAUUGACUCAAUAGACUGACCUCCAGUAUGUGGCCCACCUAGCAAAAGCCCGCUUUCAAAGCAAAACCCCUUUUAAAUCGUGCUUAGCAAGUAUAUAGCAAUUUUUCCUCACAAAUAUUUUUAUAUCCUUUAUCCUACUGUUUUUACCUUUUUCCACUUGAGAAAUAGAUACUCAGAAAGAAAUGUAUUGGAUUUUCUUAGAUAGUUCGUAACUAUGAAGGAAAAUGGGCCAUUCUCGCUGCAGAAGACUGCCACCAUCCAAAGGUUCCGGAGGCUCUUCCUCCACAGGAGCUUACCCUUCCCAGAGUUCCACGGUCCUGAAUUUGUCAUUUUACUGCCCAUGUUUCUAACAAUAUAAACAAUAUAAACUAGCAUUGCGUGAUCAUUGAAGCCUGUAUCUUUUUUAUAAAUAUUUUAUUAUUUUUAUUUUAUGUGUAUGAGUGUAUUAUCUGCAUGUAUGUGAGUGCACCCAUGUCGUGCAGUGCUGUGGAGGUCAGAAGAGGGUUUCGAUUGCCCCUGGAACUGGAGUUAAGGAUGGUUCGUAGCCGCCAUGUGGGUGCUGGGAAUCGAACGUGGGUAUUUCGAAAAAUCUCAAAGCUACAGAAAGAUAACCGAGUAGUAAGAUGAACUUUUCUACAAACUCUUCACCUAGAUUCCCAGUGUGUUUCACUUGUAUUAUUUAUGUGUCUGUAAGUGGGAUAUGUAUGUGUUUCUGAGAGUGUAUGUGUGUAUACACAAGCAUCUCCAUGUGUUUAUAUGGCAUGUAUGUUUAUGUAUGUGUGCAUUUGCUGAACCAUUUUAAAAUAAGUGUGAAGCAUUGGCUUUAGACUUUAAAUAAAUUUAUCCUUUUUGUCUUGUG